AUGCUGCUGAUGCUGCCGCUGCUGCUGCUGCUGCUGCUGCUGGCGCCGCUGGCCCCGGCCGGCGGGGGGGAGGCGGCGGCGGACGGGCGGGGCCGGCCCUACGCCGUGCUGCGGACCCAGAACCUGGCUCUGUUGGGAAGCGUCUUCGGCAUCUUGCUGAUCGUCAUGAUCUUGAUGGCUGUGUGUGUCUACAAGCCCCUUCGCCGGCGGUAG